AUGUCUACUGCCACCGAGCGUCGUCUUUUCGCGGCCAGAAGAUCGUCAAACGGGGAGGGCAGCAUCUCCGUUGUCACCCUCAUGGCACUCGAUACCGGAGAGCGAUACGACGUGAGUGAGGAGGAACUGAUCAAGAAACAUAACAUUGGGCUCGGCGACUUUCUGAAUCUGGUGGUUUCGUCGAACGAGGAUGGCAAACUAGUCAAGGUCUCGCAUCCGACGACCGUCGUGGAGGGCGAUGUGGCCUACGUGAGUCCGGCACAAUCUAGAGCCAUUAUUUAUGAAACACGUCCAGGUGCCGCACAUCUUUUGCAAUCUGGUCAGUGUCGGCGAGCAGUUGGUGUUCCGCAGUGCUCUGUUGCCCGAUGCUCUCUGCAAAGACGCACUUCCGCUCGGGGAGUACGUCGUCAGAAUCAGUCUGUGAGUCUCAUUUCCUCUUUCGACUUGCCCUUAUGCGCUCUCUUAUUUCAGACUUCCCGCUCCUGUGACCAUCUCCUCCGACGUCGUUCUUCACUUCGAAGGCACCAAUCCGAUUCGCCAGCAAUCGAACCAGAUGACAGUGAAACCAGAGAAGAAGGUCGUGGGCGCGGGUUUCGAGAAGAAUGAUCCAGAAAAACUGGUGGUCGGGGCGGGAUUCGACGCGAAGAAAUCGGAAAAGCUGAGAGCUGUUGUGUUGAGCACCUCUGUGAAGGAUGAUGUGUACACGCACUACCUGUGGAUCCUCGAGAAACAUGCGUUAGUUACCCCCCGAUCAACAUCCCCAAACUAUUCAUUUUCUUUCAGGGAGGGUCGUUUCGUCUCCCAGAAUCAUCACCUGCAAAAGGGACACUUCUUCGAGGGCAUUUUCAAAGAGAAUGUGAGUAGCCACAAGUACCAGCCAGACUAACGAAAAGAACCCGUUCUGUAGGCGCUCAAGAAGUGGACGUGUCAAAAGUACGAGAGCGCCGUCGAGACACUGAUCGCAGGGGGGCUCGACGAGAGAGAUCGUGUGUGGUUCAGGGUGAAGGUGGACAAGUUCCGACCGGCGGGGGCCAACAGCAAGUUCGGAGGCGUCCACGCAAAGUACAUCGGCGAGAUUGUGAGUUGAUCACAUGAAGAUGAGCCCCCCUUUCAACUUUUUGUGUUCAGGUGGACGGAGAACUGCCGAGCAACAAACUCUCAGCCGCUUGCAACGGAAAGGAGGUCAAAAUCCAACGGCGUCGAGUCGAUAAGGGCGAAUACGUGUGGAUGGUCAUCGAGAUUCUGUGA